AUGGUUGUAUUUUUGCUUUUUGUUUUUAGUUACUUUGAAAAGCAGAAAGCAGAAUGGCAGACAGAACCACAGGAGCCUCCCAUCCCAGAGUCUCUGGCUGCAGCUGCAGCUGCUGCCCAACAGCUGCAAGUGGCUAGGAAACAAGAUACCAGACAGACAGCAACUUUUAGACAACAGCCACCUCCAAUGAAGGCAUGUUUAUCGUGUCACCAACAAAUUCAUCGGAAUGCACCCAUCUGUCCACUCUGCAAAGCAAAGAGCCGAUCUCGGAAUCCCAAAAAGCCCAAGAGGAAACAAGAUGAAUGAAAAAGGAUGGAAGAUUGGGAAUCAUAUCUAUGGCCAGUCCUAAUACCUAUCCAGUAGAACUGUAAAUGUAGCCAGACUUUAUCAAGUGCAAAAUCAAGUACGACCUACCCAUUGUUUUCUAUUUAAUGUUAUGUAAGCACAAUGUUUCUGUUCUAUCUUAAUUUCCUUCUAGUCCUUGAAAUUUGGUUUUAGGAAAAGAAAUACUAAUGGUGCUAAAGUUUAACAUUUCAAACAUUG